AUGGGUAAGAGAAAGAAAUCAUCAAGAGGACCAGUGAAAAAAGUGGUACAGAAAUUAGACACGAAAUUCAACUGUCUGUUUUGUAAUCAUGAUAAAUCUGUGUCAUGUACUUUAGAUAAGAAGAAUAGUAUAGGAGCAUUACAAUGUAAGAUUUGUGGUCAAUCCUUUCAAACAAGAAUAAAUGCAUUGUCUCAGCCCGUAGAUGUGUACAGUGAUUGGUUUGAUGCCGUUGAAGAAGUUAAUGAAGGGAGAGGGAGUGAUUCAGAUGACGAUGAAGGUUCGAGUAGUGACUAUGAAAGUGAUUCUGACACUGCGGCUGCCAAGGUAGCUGCAGGUGAUGUAGAUUCCGAUGAAGAAGAAAUAGAUUCUGACGAAGAAAGGAUAGGAACGGUAAAACAUGGAAGGAAUACUUUGGUAGAUAGUGACGACGAAUAG